GAGGGUGAAAGGACCAUCAGUAAGGUAGAUGUCGAUGAGGUCCUUGGAGUUGAAGGCAUGAACAAAACCUUGACACGCAGCCACGAUGGGGGGGAGGAAGGGGAGGGACAAGAGGUCGAAACUGAGGUCCCUAGGGCAGCAGAGGCUGGUUUAUAUACAGGAGGAGAUAAGGGCAGGCUGUGCGCACUGGUCCAUGCGCAGCUGGUCCGUGCACAGCAUGCUGACGUGGCCCUGGGGGCCGGUGAGUCAGAGCGGCUGUGUCAGCGGAGCCUGAGCUGUGCCGUGCACUGCCAUCCUAUCUAA